UAAGUCGCACUCUGUUACUGCAGACAACAUGGCGGGUGGUGCUAUAGCUACGACGCGUGGAAAUGGCAACUUUGAGCAUCUACUGGACCCAAACAGGAAGUGGUACAACAACCGGCGCCUCAUAUUUCUCCACCUAUGGAUACUGCUCUUCCUUAUCACGUCCUCCACGAACGGAUUUGACAACAGUUUAAUGAACAGCUUUCAGUCGCUGAGCCAAUGGGAGGAUUAUUUUGGGACUCCGCAAGGCGGAAAGCUGGGUUUGCUCAACGCUAUCCAGAAUAUAGGUUCCUUGGCGGGCUAUCCGUUCGCUCCAUAUCUCUCAGAUGGCAUUGGACGUAGACCGACGAUUUGGUUUGGCGCGACGAUAAUGCUUGUCGGUGUCGCCGUGCAGUCGGCUUCCCAUAAUCUCGGGAUGUUCAUCGGAGCAAGGUUUUGCAUCGGAUUCGGCCUCACGUUUGCUGCAAAUUCUGCUCCUAUGCUCGUCACCGAAAUAUCCUACCCUACCUAUCGUGCGCCGCUCACAUCCCUGUACAACGCCUUAUGGUAUACCGGAAACAUCAUAGCUUCCUGGACCACGUUCGGCACUUCGAACAUCCAUAACACCUGGUCAUGGAGGAUACCGUCUCUAUUGCAGGGUCUGCCUUCGGCCUUUCAGUUCUGCCUUGUCUUGCUCGCCCCAGAGAGCCCCCGUUGGUUGAUCUCAAAGGGCAAGGAGCAGCAGGCACUGAAGACGCUCGCAUAUUACCACGCGGAUGGCAACGAACACGAUCCGCUCGUGCUGUACGAGUUCGAGGAGAUCAAGGCGGCCAUCUCUCUCGACAGGGAAACCUCCAAGAACGCAGGUUGGCUGUCGCUCUUCGCCACGCCCGGCAACCGCAAGCGACUGAUCAUCAUCAUCGCCAUCGCAUGGUUCUCGCAGUGGUCCGGCAACGGGCUCGUUUCAUUCUACCUGAACAAAGUCUUCGACACAAUCGGCAUCACUGACAGCACCAUCCAGCUGCUCAUCACGGGCAUCCUCGCCAUCUGGAAUCUAUUCUGGGCGGUGCUGGCUUCGCUGCUUGUGGAUCGUGCCGGCCGACGGACGCUGUUCCUGACAUCCGCCGGGGGCAUGGUCGUGUUCUUCUCGAUGCAGACGGUAUGCUCGGCACAGUUCGCGCUGCACGGGAACCCGGCGGCCGCGCAUGCGGUCAUCGCGUUCAUCUUCUUGUUCUAUGCGGCUUACGACCUGGCAUUUACGCCGCUGAUUGUGUCAUAUACGGUGGAGAUCCUGCCGUACUCCUUGCGCGCGAAGGGCUUCAACGUCUUUAACUUUGUCAUCUCGCUUGCACUAAUCUUCAACCAGUACGUGAACCCUAUCGCUCUCGACAAGCUCGCCUGGAAGUACUACAUCGUGUAUUGCUGCUGGCUCGCGUUCGAAUUCGUCUUCCUGUACUUCAUGAUCGUGGAAACCAAGGGCCUCACGCUCGAGGAGACCGCGGCGCUAUUCGACGGCGAGGAUAUCAGCCAGCGCGUGCUGGAGGAGGUGGCACCGCGUACAAAUGAAGUUCGCCUCGACGAUCGCGACGUCGACUCAACUCUCAAGCGCUCCGACGGCGCCUCCGCAGACCAGGAGCACUCCGCAGAUGAGAAGGCCUAAGUGUCUCUGCAUUACCGCCUGGUUAAUCGGCUUGUAUUAUAACGUACGUUUUGGUUUGUGUGCUUGACUCUGUGCUGGCGAUGGGACUAUUUGCUAUAUUCGCAUGUUUACGCCUGGGAUAGGAUAGGAUAGGGUCGGAUUGGGUCGUUGCUUACUAUACAUACCGCUGCAUGCUAUACCGGUAGAGUAGAUCUGAUAAUGUGAUGCACGUGCUUGUCAACCGUUGCCUCAUGCGCAUCAACAGGGCUUCAUGUACAGGUCUGCGGCA